UGACAACGGCAGCUGCCAUUUAUAAACAAUUUCUAUUGUUUUAUUCACGUGAAUUAAUCAACCGAUAAAAUUAAACAUGCCGCCGUUUUAAUUCCGGGUGAUAUCAGCUAAGUGACAGAAUAAAACAUAAUUUAUGAAAAGAAAGUUGCCACAGAGAAAUAUAGCAAUGACGUUUUAUGUUGACUGAGAAGUUUUCUUUAUUUCAUUGAGUUUAUUUCUCGAAGUGAUUAAAAUGAGUUCACCUCCAAAAACGCCCGUUUCGGGUGCUACUGGCCCGCAAAAAGACUCUUUGAAAGGAAUACUUCCAAAAAGUAUUCAGUCCAUUAAGGAACUGCAAGAAUACGACAUGGAGCGGUUAUUCAGUAGUGCUUCCACUAACUGGAUGCUAUCGACAGAAGAAUACCGUCUCACCACUUCAGCCCCUCUUGGACUCAUUGGUGGUUCGUCUCUCCUAGACUACAGGUAUUGUGUCCUACUGCUGGAAGAAGAUAGCACUAUAAAACCACUUGACUACAGAGAAGUCCAUCAAAUGAUCCGUGAACUGACAAACGGAAUUUAUGCUUUGAACCAAACACCUUCAGUGUCUUUGGAACCAAACUAUGACCAAACAUCGUCAUGCUAUCUUCCUGCAGCCUAUGACAACACCAAAGUUGGACAACUUUUUAUCGAAGUGGACUACAUGCUUAAGGCUCUCUGGCAUGGUGCCUAUCUGCCAAAAGAUAAAAGAUCGAAAUUUCUCGAAAAAUGGCGAGCGAACUAUAAAGCCAACAGUUAUGGUGUUAAAAACGAAGAUAAAAGACUGAUUCCAUCAGAAUUUACCGGCAUAGGUAUGAUCGAUCUCAUGAAAGACCCCGAAAUUUCUGCAGCUUUUCCGAAAUCCACGUUCGACACGAUCUCCAGCUGUCGUACAUUUUCAGUGCUCAGCGACUACUUGAGUAUGCAAAUGCUGUUUAGUCAACUGUCAAUCACCCAUCACGAAGACCUUUUCAUGAUAGAUGCAGCAUGGUCGAUCAGCAGUAAAGUAGUGCUGAGUAAUGACAAAGCAGAUCCUGAGACUCUAGCGUCGUUAAAUAUCUAUCUCCAGCAACAAGCCGAAAUCGUCAGCCGAGCGUUAGAAGUGAAGGCAAAUAUGAGGCGUAACCUUAUCAUGUUAAAGCUUGUCUCUUUUCUGACUACCUUUUUUGUUGGAAUGAGAAAACGUAUGAAAAUCCCGCAUAAAGACCGUUUGCUGAAGCCAUAUCCUGUUGAUGAAUGUCGAACAGAAACAGAUUUACCUCCCCUCAUGCUGCCUCCCGAGUGCACAUUUUCGUUCUUCAAAAAUGAGGGCCCUUAUUUCCACCUUCACGGAGAGAGCAAUGAUGCUGCCAUAUCGAUUUGUAUAAUGAUUGACUCGCAGUCAUUUAGUCAUAACGCUUGUGAACAAAUAAAUACCAUUCACGGAGUUGAUGAAUACUACACUAUCGUGAUAGAGUUUGAAACUUACUACCCUCAGAUUCCUCAAGAACCGUUAUGGAUCCGAGCUUACCUAGAAGAAUUGACCAAACUGAAGACUAAACGAGCAACGAAUAUAGAAAACAGCAUAUUUGAAGUAUUCAAAAAACAUUUCGGUCUGAAACGAGCACUUAAAAGCAAGAAUCAUUCUUAUGCAUUACGACUAUCAGCCCAGAAAGGACUUCUUCCCGCCUUCCAGUAUUUCUGUCGCAAAAUUCCUUCCAAUCGAAGUGUGAGCAAACAAGAUGACUCGGGAUAUUGUCUUCUGCAUCAUGCUGCAAUGAACAAUCGGCCCUCUAUUAUUGUUCUUUUGUUGCAACAAGGUUUAGAUAUCAAUGUGAGACGCCAUAACUUAACUUCUGUCGGUCCAUCAGCUCUACACCUAGCGGUUCAGUGUGGGGCUUUUGAUGCUGUUGUGUGCCUCGUUUGCAAUUUUGCCCAACUCAAUGCAAUUGAUAAUAAUGGCUGGACACCGAUUCACUGUGCAGCUUUUUACAACCAGGCGUCUAUUCUUGAAGUGUUCCUGCGACAGGAUAAGGAAUUUACCGAAAUUCAAACUCAAGAUAACCUAAAGUCUACCCCUCUCUUAUUGGCGGCCACUUCCGGAUGUCUGCCAACUAUCACAACCUUACUGGGAUACAAUGCCGAUGUUACUGGCUGCAACCUUCGAGGCCACAACGUGAUUCACACCGCUGUUAUACAUGGACAUACUCGUAUUGUUCAGUACUUCAUCCAAUUGGAUAUGAAGCUCUUACCCGUCUGGAAUAUACUUGUAGAUAUGCUUAAGUUUGAAGACAUCCUAGCGCAAGAAAGUGCCGUUCGCUGCAUGGAGGAACUUAUUUUAACAAAUUCAGAAUGUUGGAUAAACAUUUACAAUUCAGAUGGAGUAACUGCUCUGGCAAACCUUUUCGAUUCAACGAGCAAAGGAGUGGUGGCACUAACUUCGUCAGUACUUUGUAACAUGACCGAAAAUGUAGAAGUUCAGAAGCUGCUGACAGACAUGAAUCUUGGUCCGAGUCUUGUACAUUUGCUGUUGUCUCCUGUCGGUGACAUACAAGCACGGAUCUCAAUCAUUAUAUCAGACCUAGCGUCAAACAUCGAAUCAAAUCAGAAGAUAUUUGCAAGACAAGGCGUCAUUCCUGCGCUUAUCCAACUUCUGGAUUCCGAUAUGGAAGAUGUCCUGCUGAAUGCAAUCAACGCUAUACGAGUAAUGUGUCUGAGCAGUCCUAGCAACCAAACUGAAGUUACCAAGUGUAAUGGUGUAGAACCACUCGUAGACCUUUUGAGUAUCAACUCAGACAAUAAUUUUCUUGAAUCUGCCGCUGCGGCUACGUUAGCAGCAAUUACAUUGGGUCAUUUUGAGAAUCAAAACUUCAUUGUUGCGGCCGGUGCAGCGGAACCACUGGUGAAUCUUACUCGAAGUCGGAAUGUCAUGCUACAAGUGAAAGGAGCCAGGGCAAUCGAAGCUCUUACCGAAAAGAACCCAAAUAACCAAAGUGUGUUUCUUAAACUGGGUGCAGCAGAAGCCCUUGUUCAACUUCUUAAGAGUAUCAAUGGCAAUGAAAGAGAGCAAGGCGCCUGUGCUCUCUGGGCUUUGGCAGGUCAUACACGUCCUCAACAGAAGAUAAUUGCAGAAACCAUUGGCAUUUCCAAUAUAAUUAAGAUGUUACUUGAAAACAAAUCAGAGAAAUUACUUUUAGUUGGUUGCCUCUCGGCCAUUGGACUGGUCAAAGAAGAUCUUGUUAAUCAAAGCAACAUGGUUAAAGCAGAUGUAUUGCAACAGCUAGUUCGACUUCUCAACGGGAACCAUCUUUCUCAACAAGUUACCACAAUGGUAGUGAAAGUUCUGGGAGUGCUGUGUAUCGGUGUUGCUUACACCAAUAAUGAAUUUGUACAGUCAAAAAUCGCUGAAGAAGGUGCAAUACCUGUUUUGAUUCAGCGACAAGAUGAUUCCUCAUGUCCAGAGAUGCAAGUAGAAAUUCUCACAACAUUGGCAUGUAUUGUUCUACAGAACCAAAAUAACCAGACUUUGCUUUCAAAUGAGAUGAAAUUCAAUUGGAAUACUCUCCGGAAUUUGCUACAGUCUCCAAAACAGGACAUACGUUUACGCAGUGGAAUGGCAUUGACAAUAUUUUCAUUUAAUAACUUAUCCUACCAAUAUUCCAUACGUCAUACAGGAGUCAUUCAUUACAGCAUGUACGAAGAAUUUUUGGAGUCACCUGAUCCAUAUUUCAGAUCAUAUGCAGCAUUUCAGAUUGUUGUCCUUGCACGCGUAGUUAUGGAUCGCAGUUCUGUAUUCCUAACGGCAACUGGUGUAUCUAUCCUAGUUGAGACACUAAAAUCUGAAGACGAUGAUGUUGUCAUCUUAGCAGCUAGCCUUCUCUCAAGUUUAUCACACACACGAGCAGGGAUUACAGAUGCCAUGGUAACUGUUGGUGCCCUUGAAUUCCUUAUCAAAAAACUGAACACCACUUCAAACCCUCAACUGAGCAGUGCAGUGGCAGUAACUCUUGGAUAUCUCACUUUCAAUCCAACUGCAUCCAGAAAUCUGUUUACUGCUUGUAGAAAUAUGCCAGGCUUGUAUAAAACAUUGAUCAAAAACUUGAAAGGAGAUGCCAAGAUUAACUCCAAGUUCAUAGAUGACUUCAAAAUGGCUCGUGAUAUUGGACUGCCCUCACAAUGUCUGGAAAUAAAUGGUGGCUUCCCAGUGCAGAAACCUAACCAAUGUAUGAAAGUAAGCCAUUGGUGCAUGAAUCCGUCACUGGUGAGAGAUCAUUCAGCUGGUAGUAAAUAUGAAAAAGGUACUAAAACACAUCUACUGCGAACCAAAUCCGCCUUUCCCCUCAGACAGAAGUCUCCUCAGAGGAGAAAACCCUUACUGGAAAAGUCCAAAACGAUGAUUGAAGUUAGAACUACACCAAAGUCACCAUGAUUCAUUCAACAUCCAUAGAAAUAUCAAAGAUAGAUGCUCUACUGAACUGAAAUACAUAUUAUACAUUCAACUAAGUACACAAGCACCUCAUAGGUCAAUAUAUACCUUUCAUACAUUAACAUCUGUGUGGACACUUUAAUCCCAGACUGUUCUCCCAACCAAUACAGUGCUGUGGGUGCCACUGGAUGACAGAUUCUGAUGUUAUUCCACGCUUUCCAAUCCAUGAUGCUGGCCUGAGCAUGUACAAAGUGAACACUAUUUGGUGCUUCAAAAUUGUUUUAUGCUUCAUGCACAAGACAUAUCUAUUAAAUUUCUAAAUGUAUCAAAUGACAUGUUUUUGUUUUUAGAAAUAAAGCUUUCAAAAAUUAC